AUGAAGUCAAAGAAUAAAUUUGUCGAGAAGAGGGAUAGGCUGCAGCCGGAGGGAAAGCCAAGCGUUUGGGAGAUCCUCAAGCAGAUUUACACGGAGUUUGCGAGCGAGUCGACGAUGCACGGGAUCAAGUACACGACGCAGGCCAGAACGACGUUCGAAAAAGUGUUCUGGCUGAUCGUCGUUUUAAUCUCGUUCGCCCUCGCCGUCGGACUCUCGGGCAAAUUCUACGACAGACACGAGUCGGCCAACAUGCGCACGACCGUCGUCACCAGCCAGUACCCGUCGCUGAAGCUGCCCGUGCCCUCGAUCACUAUAUGCCAGGGCAACUUGGUCGACAACAGACGGCUAGAGCCCUUCAUCAACAGGGAGAAACGCCUACUAAUGCCGAAGGGCCUGACGAUCGGCGACUUUGUCGAGGGUCUGCGCUACCUGCGCGAACUCAUCUACCCGACGAACGCGUACCAGGAGCCCCUCGACAAGCUGCAGCGCAUCCUGGACCUGAACGGCUUGAGCAUCCCGCAGCUGCUCGAGCUCGUCUCCCCGACCUGCGCCGACGUCCUGCUUGUCUGCGUUUACGAGAACCGAAACGAGUUGUGCAACAAACUCUUCGAGCCCACCAUCACGGCCUACGGGAUCUGUUGUUCCUUCAAUGACGCGUCGCGGCGCAACACGAGCAUUGGUCAUUUCAGAAAAGGCUCGCCGAUCGGCCGUGACCUGUUCAGCACGAACUUCGGCACGCGCUACAUAAUAUCGGUCCUGCUGAGGUCGUACCCCGACAACGAGACCACCGCCUCGAUAACUUACGGCGACGGCUACAAGAUCCUCAUACACGAGCGCCACACCCUGCCUGGACCGAACGCCCUGGAGUUUAUGGCUGGUUUUGCGCUCGAGACCAUCGUCGGCUUACAAGGCACUUACCUCACGAGCAGCCCCGAGGUUCUCAAUCUGCCGCCUCACAAACGGAACUGCAGGGUAUCGACGCCGAAGAAUAUCUACAGGGCCGAGAACUGUUUCAUAGAGUACCAGAACCAGGUGGUGUUCGAGCGCUGCAAUUGCCUGCCUUUUUUCGCGAACGACGUGGCGAGUGGCGAGCGGCUCUGCAACUUGACGGCCAUACCGUGCCUUGCCCGCGCGAACUCCGAGAUCUACUCGCAGCUGUUGCAUGGUGCCCGGGGCAACUGUCUGUCCGACUGCGAGUCCAUCAAGCACUCGAUGACCAUUACGGGAGAGCCUCUAAACGCUAUUGAAUUCAAGCCUGGCAGUUUUUAUAGGAAGGCACUGGAAUAUCCUAAUUCGACGGCAUUACACGUUACCUUCGCGGGACAAGCGGCUGUGCUCGAGCGCAAGGAAUUGAUGCUAUCUUGGAUAAACUUAGUGUCUUCGCUUGGAGGAGUAUUCUGCUUGUUUCUGGGAUGCAGCUUUAUCUCGAUCAUCGAAAUUGCCUACUUCACCUAUCAACUGUUUAAAAGAAUAAUGACGAGAUAUGAAAGUAACUCUUCUGUGAUAAACUUCAGAUAAACAAAAUAGCUACAAUAAUAUUUUCU